AAUGUAAACUACAUCAGGAAUUUGGAUGUAAGUUAACGAGAAAAAACGAGAACUUUUGUGGGGACCAAUGUAAGUAAAGUGGGGCCAGAACCGAAGGCGAUAAGCAGCUUUUUCACCGCGAUGAUGUUCCCUGUGUUAUUACGUAACCAACCACUCAUGUCACGCCACGUUAUUUUAUUACUGAAUUUCUUUAUUUAUCUUACUGUUUUCUUUUGGUGUCAAACAAUAUUUUUCCACUUUCCCCCUUUAUUCAUAUGUUGUAAAAAUAUCAUAUAAUUUAAGUUCAAGCUUACCAAAAACUAUAAAUUGACUUAGAAAAAAAGAAUAUCCUACUAACUUCUGAAAUUUGGUUAAUCGACUUUUCUAGAUAGUUGAUUAAGUAUUUUUGAGUUUUAGUAAAGAAUGUAAAGUCUUAAAAGGGUUCGUACCGAGGUAUGUUCAUAAAAAACAUUGCUAUUCAUAACUAUUAUGAAAAACUAAAUCACUCCAACAAGCCAGCCACAUGUGCCAGCCAAACAGGAGUCUCAACACAAAGGAGAGAAAGGGGUUCAGGACGAGCACGAGCUGCCUAACUAAGAGGAGAAUAUACUCAAAACAACAUGCACAUUGUCUUACAGGUUCAGAAGAACAUGCGCAUAAAUUUCACCAAACGAAUCUAUCAACCUUCAUGAGCGACAAAUAUUAUAUUGUGUUAUAUAUGUGACGAUCAACGUCAACACAAAAAGUAGAGAUUGUUUAGUUCAAUCCAAGAGUGUAGUGUGAUACUUGAGCAACAUCACGGGAGAAGAAGCGGAUGGAUGUUAACACAAAAAGUGUGAUGAUCUCCCCAUCACUUGAACCAUGAAAAGUGUAUUGCGAUCGCGAUGAAUGUACCACCACCAAACGCUGAGCCUCGAGUAAUUAAUUUGUUCAUACAAUUAAAUGGAACUAGUUUAUUUGAAAAACGUCGCAUUCAAUAGUUGGUAGAGAUAGUUUUAAAAGAUCACAUUACUUCUCUAUUACACACACAUAGAAAGUGAAAACUUAUGCAACACUUCAGGUAGAUGAGAGGAAGACAGUGAUAGAUUUGUUAUGAUUAAAAGACCCCCAAAAUCUGAAUAGAAUCUUCUGUUAAUAAAGUGUGGGAAAAAAACACAUAAACUAAAAUUAAAAGGAUAUUUCCUUUUGCAUCAUUAGAGUUUUUGUCUCUGUUUACAUUUAUAUGCCUAUAAAUAUGUAUACAUACAAGUCUAGAGAAUCCGCCAUUAUCGGAAUACUCUCAAGUCUCUCAUGAUCUCAACAUAAACAAGACAAAACGCUUUUGUCUCUUUGUCUAAAAUCUACGACAAACCAAGAGAAGAAAAGAAAAAUCUCAUAUUUUUUUAAAAAAAAUUGCAUGUUCAGGAAGAAGAUUCAAGUAAGUUUGUUUCAGUACAUAGAACCAUCUAAAAUAUAAUAAUAAAAGGAUCAAAUGGAAAGUCUCACACACAUUCCUCCGGGUUAUCGAUUCCAUCCGACCGAUGAAGAACUCGUUGACUAUUAUCUAAAGAAGAAAGUUGCAUUUCCAGGAAUGCAAGUUGAUGUUAUCAAAGAUGUUGAUCUAUACAAAAUCGAGCCAUGGGACAUCCAAGAGUUAUGUGGAAGAGGGACAGGAGAAGAGAGGGAAUGGUAUUUCUUUAGCCACAAAGACAAGAAGUAUCCAACAGGGACACGAACCAAUAGAGCAACGGGCUCAGGAUUUUGGAAAGCAACGGGUCGAGACAAGGCUAUAUACUCGAAGCAAGAGCUAGUCGGGAUGCGGAAGACUCUUGUGUUUUACAAAGGUCGAGCUCCAAAUGGUCAGAAAUCCGACUGGAUAAUGCACGAGUAUCGCCUUGAGACCGAUGAAAAUGGACCACCUCAUGAAGAAGGAUGGGUGGUUUGUCGUGCUUUUAAGAAGAAACUAACCACAAUGAGUUACAACAAUCCAAGAACAAUGAUGGGAUCAUCAGGACAAGAAUCAAAUUGGUUCACACAUCAAAUGCAUGUAGCUAAUGGUAGUUACUACCAUCUUCCUGACUUAGAGAGUCCAAGAAUGUUCCAAGGCUCAUCAUCAUCACAUCAUAAUGAUAAUGACCCAUAUGGUGUUGUACUCAGCACAAUCAACGCAACACCAACUACACUAGUGCAAGGAGACGAUGAAGAAGAUCAUGGAAAUAUUAUUACUAAUGAUGAUGAUGAUGGUCACAUUAUUACUAAUGAUGAUGAUCAUGGUCAUUUUAUUACUAAUGAUAAUAUGAUUAUGAUGAAUACAAAUACUGAUCAUCAUCAUCAUCAUCAAUCAGGAUUACUGCUCAGUGAUGAUCAUAAUGACCAUAUGAUGGAUUGGCAAACUCUUGACAAGUUAGUUGCUUCUCAGCUAAUCAUGAGCCAAGAAGAGGAAGAAGUUAACAAAGAUCCAUCUGAUAAUUCUUCCAAUGAAACCUUCCAUCAUCAUCUCUCUGAAGAGCAAGCAACAAUAGCUUCAAUGAAUGCCUCUUCUUCUCCAUGUUCCUUCUACUCUUGGCCUCAAAAUACAAACACCUAAAGAUCCAUCCUCAAACGUGUGUGAAUCCGAAUGUCUCUCUCUAUAUAAUUAAUUAAGGCUCAUGCUUAUUAUAUAAUUACAUAUAACGAUUACUAAUUAUAAUUUUAUAUGAAAUUUGUUAAUUUAUCUUAUCACACCCGGUGUAACUUUCUUUAGUUUUGUGAAUUAUAUAAAACUAUUUCUAGA